AGAGAGACAGGAGUGGGCGAUGGGUUCCCGCUGUGCCAAGCUCAGCACUGGCCACGGCCCAGCCCAGAACACGGGUCACAGCCGUGGCCACGAGUCAUCCAUGAAGAAGCUCGUGGCCUGUGUGAGUCAAGACAACUUCUCCCUGUCAUCAGAGGGUGAGGAGGAGGAUGAGGAUGAGGAAGAGGAUGAUGAUGAUGAGGAUGAUGAUGAUGAGGAGGAGGAGGAGCAGAUCCCGGUGAAAGGCAAGCUGCUGUUGCUGGAGUCCGAAAAGCAAGAGAGUGCCGAGGAUGUCGAGGCCCAGCAAAGCUCCGAGCCCGAGCAGACGCACUCCUGACCCAUCACAAGGCCUGCCUGGAGAUGGGUGCCCAUUGGCACGCCAGAGGAAGAGGACAUUCAGAAAAGAAUAAAGAGUCUCCAUGGAA